AUAUUUAAAGUAAACAAUUCCGGCAUUACGUGCUGCUCAGUUUUCCUCCGAAACUACGUCCUCGGACCGUGAAUGCCACGGAGGAGAACACUGCGGGGAGAGGAGAGCUUUUACGCAUCGCACAUCUUUGAGCGUCGGAAAAGGACAGAGUGAGAAAGAAAAAAAAGAUAAAGAAACUGCACAGACUUUUAGAGUAACUGCGCUCUGGACUGCACCAUGAAUUACGGAAUGGUGGUUCUCACUGCUGGGUUUACAGGUUUGCUGAGCUUCAGCCUCCUCGCUGUGGCUAUUGGGACUGAUUACUGGUACAUUAUCGAUGUGAAUAAACCCAACUGCACAGACGACCUGAGUUCACAUUCUGGACUGUGGAGAAUUAUUGAAGGAACAAACACAAGCUCAGUCAUCCCUUUUUUCACAGCAAAUAUGACCAGCCUGUCAGAAGUGGAAAGGCACCUUCUUGGCUUGCACAAGGUGGUGGUCAUCAUGUUGCCCAUCAGCCUGGUCCUGCUGGUGUUCGGCUGGAUCUUUGCACUUGUCAGCUCGUUGGCUUACAGUCCCAACUUGCUGGCUGGAUCAGCGUCCUAUGUUCUCUUCUGCAGCCUUUUUACCCUCUCGGGGGUCAGCAUCUACAUCAAAUACUCAAACCUAGCCAUGGAGGAGUUCCAGCGCGUUGUGUCUCCAGAGAACCUCGCCCACGUGGACGUGUCCUUCGGCUGGUCCCUCGCCACGGCCUGGCUCUCCUACAGCCUGGAGGUGGCCACCGGCCUGCUGCUCCUGCUGGCGGCCAGAAUAACUCAGAUGAAGGGACGCUAUGACUCUGGCGUAACCAUUGCCAUGUUAUGA